UCACGUGAUCACAAAAUGGUGGAAGCUGUGAGCUGUUUUUAAGCUGAGCAUCUCCAUCGAGAGGCUUGAAGCAGGAAACAAGGCAGUACAUUCAUGCUCUGAGACGCAGAGGAGCAGAGAUUCCUGAGCCCCAGCAGCGGUCCUCCUGGGGUUGGACUUUGCAUCAGAGAGUAAAAUGAGUUCAGAGGGAGAUGACAGCAGACCAGUCCCGCCUACUUCUCUACCCUUGCAAGGAGGUUCCUCUCAGAGGAAAAAGCUUUCUGCCCCUCGCAUCAGCUUGUCACUGGACCAGAGCGAGGACGACUUGGGGGAAACACCUGAUGACCUCGACAUCAAUGUAGAUGAUCUUGAUACUCCAGAUGAGGGAGAUUACCUUGACUACACAGACCAUGAAAUGGACUGGGAAGGCUACUAUGGCAACGGAGUGAAUGCCAUCAUAGUGUUUGCUGCCUGUUUCCUACCAGACAGUAAUCGAGAGGACUACCAUGAAAUAAUGGAGAACCUUUUCCUUUAUGUGAUCAGCACACUCGAGCUGAUGGUGGCAGAGGACUACAUGAUUGUGUAUUUGAAUGGAGCCACACCCCACAGAAGAAUGCCUGGCCUUGGCUGGCUGAAGAAGUGCUAUCAGAUGAUUGACAGAAGGCUCAGGAAGAAUUUGAAAUCCUUCAUUAUUCUUCAUCCAUCGUGGUUCAUCAGGACUGUUCUAGCAAUUACCAAGCCGUUUAUCAGUGCCAAGUUUAGCAGCAAGAUCAAGUAUGUGCACAGUCUGGAUGAACUGCAGGAAAUCAUUCCAAUGGACUGUGUCCAGAUCCCAGAAUGCAUCAUUAAACUCGACAAGGAAAUGAAGGAAGCAGCAGAAAACUCAAAAGUGAACAGCUUUCUGCAGGGGACCGAGCUGACGGCGACAAGCAGAACUGAACAAGUCCAAGCUGGUGCCAGCAGCUCGUAAACGCCCAACAUCCUGAAUUGAUGGGACACCUCGGCGCUCAAAAGUCCCUGUAAUGGAUGGGUCAAGCUGGAAGACGGAGCUCGUGUGUGUGUGUGCGUUUGUGUAUGUGUGUGUGGAUGUGUUUGUUAAUCAGACACUAGAGUUUUAUUUGGACACAUCUCGUCUUAGUCCCACUCAGCUCAGUCUGAAUUGCUGCCGUAGCAUCUGCUCUGUCGUGAACUCGCGGCCACGAAAAACGAAAUAGUCAGGUGUGGUAUUUUCCCGAGCACCAACACAGUAGCAUCGAUGUUCACUUUAGGGUAGAAAAUGCAAUUACACACCAGAAAGUGCACCGCACAGAUCCAUUUUAGAAACUACAGCGUGCAUGAGAAGCAGCAAAGCAAUAACCCCACCCCCCCCUCUUUCCCAGGUACUCGGGCGAUUUUCGUGUCAGCCGUUUACGCAGAAAAGGGAGAAGGAAUAAAACAACCUUGUGCCAUAGUUUAUGACCGACUUGCAGCGAAGCAGGGGAUCUUCAUUCUUGUCUUGAAACAGGAGAAUAAACCGACAAAUAACUUUAAGGUGUCAAUCUGAAACAAAGCAGGGGAGAGUUAAACAGGAAAUCUAGCCGUCAGUGACACUAUAUCUUUCUAGCCUUGUUCGACAGGUGUGUGUGUGUGUGUGUGUGUGUGUGUGUGUGUGUGUGUGUGUGUGUUUUCUGAAACAAACUGGGAAUUAUUUUUUUAGUUUCUGCCUUAGAUAACAUAUAAUGAUGGGACCUCAAUAAAGCACAAUAUAUUGUGUGUGCGCGUCUACAUGCAUGUGGGUAUUUGUACAUCAGCGCAUGUCCCCUCAUUAACAAAAACAAACUGCUGGUCUUCUUCUAUGGUGUAUUAAAGAUGUGCUAAUAAAUGAA